AUGACAUUUAAAUUUUGGCGGGACCCGGUCUCGGUAGUGACGUGCCACAAAGACUGCCACAAAGACUGCCAGAGACUGCCACAAUCAGACCGCCUGCGGUAUAGUAUGAGGCGGCAGUUGUUUCGGCUCGAUGCGCUCAUCCCCAGUAGUGGAGGCCACGUGGGACGCCCCGCGGAGACGUUGAUUGCAGUCGAGUGUCGCUUUACAGAGUGGACAAAACUAGUUCCAAAUUUGAAGAUUAAAUAUCUUUAA